AUGAAAACCGUCGAAUUCAGACUCAUCUUGCCGCUCACUCCGGAGGAGUACCGGCGUUGUCAGAUAUUUUUAAUAGCUCUCGCUGCUUUAGAGACAGCGGAGGCUCAGAAGGAGACAGGGGGCCCCCAGAGGGGCCCCCUAAUUCAAAUUCUUAAAUCGGAAGAUUACUGCAACAACGGUGAACAGGGGCAGUAUACCCACAAGCGUAUUGACAUUGCGGAUAAACUGCCGGGAUGGCUUCUGAAGUUCGUUGACCGCGGGAGUUGCGCCUUUGAAGAAAAGUCAUGGAAUGCCUAUCCGCGUCUGCGGACGGAGUACGAGUCGGAGAAGUUUUCGAAGGCGAAGAUAUCGAUUACGAGUAAUCAUGUAUCGGGUGUCUGUACAGAGGACAACGCUACCAAUUUGUCUCCUGAGGCCCUGCGUCGGAGGAAGAUUGAUAUAAUAGACAUAGUCAAUGAUCCUGGGGUGUCUCCCUCUGAAGACUUCCGCACUUGGCGCUCAGAGAAGGCUCAGUUUGGCCCCCUUACAUCUGAUUGGUAUACUAAUGUCCCUCAAGUACCCCCAAGGGCCCCAAGGGCCCCCCGUAAGCCUCGUGGGGGCCCCAGGGGGGCCCCCAGAGGGGCCCCCAUAGGGGCCCCAAGAGGGGGCCCCAUAGGGGCCCCCAUAGGCCCGAAUAAUAAUGGGGAGACCGAUGGGGCCCCCUUAGGGGGCCCCAUGGGAGAUGAUAAGAAGAAUGAUUUUGAUAGCCAAGUUAAUAUAACUGAGGAGGGGCCCCCAAAGAUAAAUGAGGGGCUUACUGAAUCUGAAGAAGUGCCUUCUGCUGCUUCUGCUGCAGCAGCAGCAGUAUCAGCAGCACCUGCUGCUGCUGCUGAAGAUGGUACCCCCUCUGUAUCUAGCGUGGGUUGCGGGCCUGAGGGGGCCCCCUCAGGUACCUCUGAGGCGCGUGAGGGGGCCUCCAUGGGGAGCCCCCUUGGGGGCCCCUUGGGGGGGGCCCCCUUGGGGCCCCCUAUGCUGGUCGACUUCCCUUACUUCGGGAUCGUCUCAGGGAGAAUAGAAAGUUGGGUUGUGGCUGCAAUGAGGCAGCAGCUGCUGCACUACCAUCGCAGAGCCGUGCGGUGUAUAGACAGGUGGUACGACCUGUCUCUAGAAGAAGUUCGUGCAUUUGAAGAAGACGUCAGAGAGCAGCUGGCUGUUUUAUCUUCUCUUUCACGCGACGCCUCGGGGGCCCCCCAACAGCAGGGGGCCCCCGCAGGGGCCCCCAUGGGGGCCCCCGAGGGGGGCCCCUCUGGGGGCCCCUCCCCAGCUACUCCUGAGGAACAGGCAGCAUCUGUCUCCUCUUCAGAUUCUGAAGAUAGCGUUGACGGGAGGCCCCUAGCAGGAGGUCGGGGGGCCCCUAAGGGGGCCCCCUCAAACAUUGAAGCAGUUUUAAGUGACUCUGCGGUGUACACGGGCUUCCGGUUGCUGCCGCUGCAGCUGUCCCCACGCAGCGUUGCAUUGCUGCAGCGGCUGCAGCAAAGCCUUGUCAAGGCGCCGCAGCCACAGCAGCAGCAGCAGCAGCAGCAGCAGCAGCAGCAGGGGAGGAUAUCUCGCGAGCCCUCAGGCAUUUCCCAGUCUGCCCUCAAACGCGAGGGCCCCGUGAAGCAUGGCUAUCUAGAAAAGCUUGGUGAUGGACUGUGGAGCAGCCGCUGGCAUCUGCGUUACUGUUUGCUGCGGGGCGGUCGGCUGCAGUACUUCGACGACCCCAGAGACCCAAGGGCAAAACAAAUAUUCAACUUGUCUGGCGCAAAGGCGGGCUGGGCCCCUGAAGUUAUCGAGAAGCCCUUUGCCUUCUACGUGGAGACCGCGUCUAAGAGGCGCAUAUUCCUCAGCGGCGGUAACGAGGAGGAGUCUCGGGCCUGGCUGUCGGCUGUGCGUGAAGCAGCAGCAGCGAUGGACAGCAGCAGCAGCAACAGCAACAGCAGCAGCAGCUGCAGCAGCACUUGUUUAACUGACAGCUCUUCGGACCUUCAAGGCUAUGCACGAGCUGCUUCUUAUUCUUCUGUGGGGGCCCCUGGGGGCCCCCCUGAUUCCUUAGGGGCCCCCCACCCCUCUUCCAUGGGGGCCCCCCAAAGUGCACACAUCAAUGAUAGUACCCAAAAUAUGCCAAUAGGGGCCCCCGUGGGGGCCCCCCAGGGGGCCCCCCAGGGGGAGAUCAGUAGUGGGAGUGUGUCUUGUUCGCAUGAAGAGCCUCCAGUACCGACUCCUGCUGCUGCUGCUGCUGCUGCUGCUUCUGGGAGUGCUGAUACUGCUGCUGCUGCUGCUGCUGCAGCUGCAGCAGCAGCAGCAACAACAGUUGCUGCAGGAGGGCACGCCAAGUAUGCCAGCAAACUGGGGCCCCCGAAGGAGACUGUAGGGGCCCCCAGAGGGGCCCCUGGGGGCCCCCCAAAGGGGCCCCCAUACUGUUGUGACGGGUAUACCUCAUGCGCUUGCAAAUCUGCUGCUGCUGCAGGCGGGGGACAAGACGCAGCAGCAGCUGGCGCAGUUGAAGCCGCCGUAGUGGGGGCCCUUUCUCUAUCUCUGCUGCUGCUGCUGCUCUCUGCUGCCUGCGUGGCGUGCUGCUGCAGCAGCCUCUUCUCUGCCUUCUUUAUUCUGCUGCAUAUGCUCUUAAUUAUAAUAAAAUCUCUCACCUUGGGGGCCCCUGGGUUUGAGGGGGGCCCCCACGAGGGGGCCCCCUGGGGGCCCCUGCAUAGGUUCUUGGGGGCCCCUUUCCUGCUGCUUGAAGCUUUCAAGAGCGGCGUUCCUGCUGCUGCUGGUGCAGUUGCAGCAGCAGCAGCAGCUGCUGCUGCUGCUGUGGUGCUGCUGUGGGGAGCCCUCUGGGUCUUAGCUCUGCUUCCCCGCCAGAGGGGCCCCCAGAGACAAGGGGGCCCCCAGGGGCCCCCCCCGCUGCUGAAGGCUGCAUGCCUAGCAGAGGGGCCCCCUGGCUCCGUGCUGCUCUGCGGGAUACACCCGGAUGCCAACACAGCAGAGGGGGGCCCCCCUGACGCUUCGCUGUUGGCUGCUGGGGGCCCCUUCUUAAUAGAGAACACGGAGGCCCUGAGGCCCCUGGAGCUGCUGCUGCAGGACCCUUCAGCUGUACCCUCUCUUUGCUGCUGGGCCUUUAAAAGAGGGGCCCCUAGACUGUGUGCUGCUGCUGCUAGGCUGGCGGCGCCCCUCAUGCAGCGGUGGCAGCAGCAGCAGCAGCAGCAACAACAGCAACAACAGCAGCAGCAGCACCACCACCGUCAUCGGCGGGCGUCGCCCUGGAGCUGCAGACCAUUUGCUGCAGCUAAGCACUUGCUGCUGAAGGUGCUGCGGCUGCUGCAACAGCUGCAGCAGCCGCUGCUGCUGCUUCUCGGGUGGGGAGGGUAUGCCCUAUCUGGAUGCCUGGGGGCCCUUCUAUUGGCCUUGGGGGGCCCCCAUUGGGGGCCCCUUCGCAUGCGCCGUGUCUCCUGGUGUGUCUCUGCUGAAGGGGGUGGGUACCUGCUCUUCUCUCAACUGUCUCCUUUGCCUCUAGACAGUGAGGAGGGCUCAGGGGCCCCCCAAGGGGGCCCCCCGGGGCCCCCAGCAGCUACGACAAUAUCGGGGUGGCUUAGAAGGUGGCUCUGUACCCUGUUUAGAGCAGGGGCCCCUAAUAGUUUGCUGCAAACCCUGGCAAUAGGGGGCCCCCAAGGGGCCCCCCCCGAUGUUAAGGGGUUUGAGGCCCUCUUCAUUACUCCUCUACCCCACAGCCCAGACAACUACCUUAUAAAGGGACACCAUCAAAUCAAACAGCUGCAGCUGCUGCUGCUGCAGCUGCAGCAGCAGCAGCAGCAGCAGCAGCAAGACGACUGGUGUCUGGCGUCUCUUCGAUUCCAAGUGUCUCCUCUAUUUGAUUUUAAGGGCCCCCUCUCUGUCUCCUCUGGUGAUGCUGCUGCUGCGGGGGCCCCCGGUUGCUGCAGCGCAGUCGAGGGUUUGCCGUCUAUGCCUUCGUUGCAUAAAGGGGGCCCUUUAGAGUCUGCUGUGGAGGGGGGCCCCCUCAAUGGGGGGCCCCCUGUAGGGGGCCCUACUCUGGGGGGCCCCCCUGCAUGCAUCGUCAGCACGGAGGGGGGCCCCUGUCUUGUGGUGUGGGUUGGGUCUCUGCGGUGGGGGCCCCCGGGGGCCCCCCUUUGGUUGGAGGCCUUUCUUACACAGCAGAAGGCGCAGACAACUCUUAAGUGUCUCCUUAGCCAACUGGGGGCCCUCAGGGGCCUCUCUUCCGGCAGUACCCUCUACAACUUCGCCAAGGGGGCCCCCAUGAGGGGCCCCCUUUAUCCUAUAAGCUCAGAAGAAGGGACCCUGGGGGCCCCUCUUAGCGGCUUAUACGCACCAAGGGGCCCCUGGGAGUAUGAGGGGCCCCUCGCAGAGUUUUAUAGAAUUCAGGGGGCCCUUGGGGGCCCCCAGGCGAAGACGUUGGCACAGCAGCGGGGAAGGCAGCGUUAUAAAGACAUAAUGAGCAGGCCACUUCCGCUGGUAGGAUGGAGGAGGGGGCCCCGGGGGGCCCUCAUGCAAGAAGAGUCGGAGGUGCUGUAUAAGCAGAGGGCCCUCCUGCUGCAGCUGCUGCAGCGGCAGCGCGCAGACAUCCCCAGAGGCCUCCCGCUUCCUCCGAAUCAGCUGCUGCCUAUCGGUCUGCUGCGGCCCUCAUCGGUGCUGCUGCUGCUGCCAGAGUGCAUGGCUCAGGGGCCCCCCAUUAUACAGACAGCAGCUGAGGGGGGCCCCCUUGAGAGGUUUAAAGCAACCCUAGCAUUCGCUCUCUCCAUUCUGCACAGAGGAUGCUGGCAGGCUCCGCCUCUGGCUGCCCUCUUAGGGGAGACAUUUCAGGGUCAUUUGCAGGCGCCUCAGGGGCCCCCCAAGGGGGCCCCCCUAGGGGGCCCCCAAGGGGGCUGGCUGGUGUACGUGGAGCAGACGGGUGUGGGGCCCCCCAGUACCCUGUUUUGUCUUACAAGCCCGGGGGCCCUUCAACAAGUGUGGGGUCAUCUUUCUUUUUCAGUGAAGUACCUGCAAAAUGCAUGCACAGUUAUAGUUGAAGGCCGAGUGAAUGUCUGUUUCUAUAAAAAGGAGACUGUCUCCUUUUCUAUACCUCAGCUGCAUAUUCAGGGCCUCUUAUGGGGCCCCCGUGUCUUCUUCUGGGAGGGGCCCCUUAUUGUUGAGGGCCCCCAUAUGCGCUGUACCCUCUCACUAGCAGGAGAUACUCUAAAGGGGGCCCCUCAAGGGGGGCCCCCACGUGAUGAAGUAUUUGGGUUGGUGCUUCCUGGGGGCUCCCAGCAAGAAGGAGACAAAGAGAAAGGGGGCCCCCAGCAAGAAGGAGACAAGGAGACAGGGGGCCCCCAGCAAGAAGGAGACAAUGAGACAGGGGGCCCCCAGCAAGAAGGAGACAAGGAGACAGGGGGCCCCCAGCAAGGAGGAGACAAAGAGACGGAGGGGCCCAAGGGGCCCCCAAAGCCUCUGGCUAUUAUAACGGGGUCUUAUACAGAUAGGCUCUACUGGAACGAUGAGGAGUGA